AUGUUAUCUGGGCGCACGAGCCGCUACUUCGAGUGCGACGAAGAGAGCGAGGACUACAGCUCUGACGACGACAGCUACGUGCCGCGGUACGUCGUGGAGGCCAUGGAGGCUCACCACCAGCUGCCCGAGUCUGAUGAUGACGAGGUUUUCGUAGACACAGUCCCCGGAGACAACACAUCCACAGACAUGUUAUUGGAUGACAAGAAGAUGUCAGUGUCAUCCGACGAGCCUAUAACGGAAACGGAUGCUGACGCCGAAGAUAAACUGCAGCUAGAGGUCGCUGCCGGUACUCCGGUACUAUUAAAUUACUUGUUGACCCAUCCUAUAACGUGUAGCAUACAGUAAUCAGUAGUUGAUAGACAUGUACAGGGGCUAAAUCUAGACAGCGCCUUAGCCUAUAAGUAGUCCCUGCUGACCAAAGGCCUCUUCUCACACGGAGAAGGUUUGAGCAUUAAUCACCACGCUUGCU